CGCUCCGGGUUUUCACUCCGGCUCCGAGAGGCGGUUUGAAUUUUCCUGGCGGUUGUUGAGCGGGAGAAGCUGCUGACGGUCAGUGCCUGAAGCCGGUACCGGGAGAUAGUCCGACAUACCAAGAGUUGUUCAGUUUUCCCGGCCCUUCAUCGCUCACCCAAACGGAGUGAAUUCGGGACGUUUUCGGCCGAAGUUCAGUGGAAACCGUCUCGGGACCAUUCGUCAAUCUGCUAACUUCUGGACAAUGCAAAGAGUUUCGAGGUUAAAAAAAGAGAUGCAGCUGUUGGCGAGCCAGCCCCCACCUGGAAUUUCUUGCUGGCAGAACAAUGAUCGAAUGGAUGACUUACGAGCUCAGAUUUUGGGAAGUGUCAGUUCACCCUAUGAAGGUGGAAUAUUUAAUCUUGAAAUUGUUGUUCCUGAAAGAUAUCCAUUUGAACCUCCAAAAAUUCGGUUUCUGACCCCAAUCUAUCAUCCUAACAUUGACACAGCAGGAAGGAUCUGCUUGGACAUCUUGAAGCUGCCUCCAAAGGGAGCCUGGAAGCCAUCUCUUAAUAUCUCUACUGUGUUAACCUCGAUUCACUUAUUGAUGUCUGAACCUAAUCCAGAUGACCCUCUUAUGGCUGACAUUUCAUCUGAAUUCAAAUACAACAGGCAGUCUUUUCUGGAAAAUGCAAAACAAUGGACGUUAAAACAUGCAACAAAAACAAAAAAGGAUGAGGAUCUCAAAGCUGAGAGAGAGAAACUUCACUUAAAUUUAUGUAACCACUCUCCAUUGACCCCACCAACACACAUUCUCAAUAAAAGCCCAGCAGAUUCAUGCUAACAAAUAUUGAUCUAAAUCUUGCUGGAAAAUUAACUGUCAUAAUGCUUAUUAUUAAUGCAUAAAUGAGCUAGUAAGUUCAAUGGAUUGAGAAAUGCUGUCAGUUACAAAUCUUCAGAACUUGCUGGUACUCUGCUGUUUGCUUUGCAGAAAUGGCAUCUUGCCCUUCACCCCUGUUACUUUUAAGAACAUUAAACUUGCUGCAGGAAGUCAGGGCUGAACGUAUGUACAUAAAUUAAGAGCAGGAGUAGGUUAUUUGGCCACUCAGGCUUGCCAUUCAGUUAGAACAGCUAUUCUGAUUGUGACCUCAACUCCAUAUUCUGCCUACCCUGAUAACUUUUGACUCCCUUGUUACUCUGCCUUAAAAAUAUUCAAUAACCCUGUCUCCAAUGUUUCCUGGGAGAGUUCCAAAGACUCAUGACCCUCUGAGAAAAAAAAUUUCUUCUCAUCUCUGUCUUAAAUUGGAAACCCUUAUUUUUAAACUAUGUUCCCUAGUUCUAGUCUGUCCCACAAGGGGAAACAUGCUUCCAGAAUUCCCCCGUCAAGUCCCCUCAGGAUCUUAUGUUUCAAUAACCUUUUCAUAUAUGAUAACUGUUAAUGCUAUCCAAACAACCUUCUGGCCAAGAAAGGGAACUAUUUAAUCUUGCAUUUAUACUUGUAUUGGAGGUGGUAUAGCGAACCUUCACUAGAUUGGUCCCUGGGAUGAGAUGAUUGUUGUAUGAUGAGAAAAUUGGGCCUAUAUUCUCUGCAGUUUAGAGAAUAAGAUGUGACCUCAUUGAAACAUUCAAGAUCUUGUGGCAGCUUGAUAGGACGCUGACAGAAUGUUACCGCAGGUCGGGAAAUCUAAAACAUGGGGGCACAGUCUCAGGAUAAGGGGCUGAUCACCUAGGACUGAGAUGAGGAGAAAUUAAAACUGCUGGAAAAACUCAGCAGGUCUAACUCGAUUCCCUAACGCAUCAAAAAUCUGUCCAUCCCAGCCUUAAACGUAUUCAAUGAUAGAGCAUCCACCAUCCCCUGGGAAAGAGAAUUCCAAAGAUUCACAACCCUUUAAGUGAAGUAAUUUCUCCUCAUAAAUAAAAGCAAAAUACUGCGAGUGCUGGAAAUUGAAACAAAAAUUGCUGGAAAAACUCGGGCGGUCUGACAGCAUCUGUGGAGAGAAAGACAGUGUUAAUAUUUCAAGUCUGUAUGAAGAGUUUAAGGCUGGCAUGAACAGAUUUUUGAUGUGUCAGGGAAUCGAGGGAUAUGAGGAGUGGGUGGCAAAAUGGAAGUCCAAGAUCAGCCAUGAUCAUAUUGACUGGCAGAGCAGGCUUGACCAAUCUGUUGAGCUAUCCGGUUUAAAUUUCAAACAAUGCUUGACAGUUAACUGUCAGUCACCAGUAACUGGUGCAUUCUCCAUGGCAAUGCCUUUACCAGUCAGGGUCCACUUUCCAACGAACCAGAGAAGGUUUACCAGACUAAUAUCUGGAAUGGGCAGUUUGUCUUAUAAGGAAAGAUUGGACAGGGUAGGCUUGUCUGGAGGUUAGAAGAGUAAGAGGUAAAUUGAUUGAAACAUGUAAGAUCUUGAGAAGACUUGACAGGCUGGAUGUGGAUGUGUUUCCUCUUGUAGGAGAAUCUAGAACUGGGAGUCAUUUUAAAAUUAAGGGGUCACGCACUUAAAACGGAGAUGAGGUAAAUUUUUUUCUGAGUGUCUUGAGUCUUUGGACCUCUGCUUUGACUGCCUUUACAGGAAGAGAAUCUUUGAAUAUUUUUAAGGCAGCAUGGAUAGAUUCUUGGUAAGCAAAGGGUUGAUAGGUUAUCAAGGGUAGACAGGAUGCACAUUUGAGGUUACAAUCAGAUCAGCCAUGAUCUUAUUAAAUGGCAGAGCAGGCUUGAGUGGCCAAAUGGCCUAUUCCUGUUCCUUGUUCAUAUAUUGUCUACUCCUCCUAAUUUUUGUGUUCUGUUCAGUCUCCUGUAUGCAAUAAAGUAUGUGAGAUUUAAAAAAAAAA